AUGAACAAAGAAACUGAUCCAUCGAAACCAGUUGCUGGCUUGAACACCACCGCCAGCUCUAGCUCUGGGAACAACGGCACAGUUGAUCCUGCCACUUUGGACCCUCCCACUACAACUUAUUUGGACCGUACUAUGCAAGGAAUGGCCGAAGAAAGAGCGGCCAAAGAAGCGUCCAGAGCCAGCAUGGACCGUUCUACUGGUACUGGUACUACUGGUAUAGUGGCUAGCGGCAUUCCUGGAGCUGUCUUGGAGAUUAGUCAAAAGAGACAAAAGGAGGCCAAACAAGCUACUACAGAUGGACUGGUGGAUAUCACGGAUGCCAGGAAGCCACCAGCAACUGCCAGACAUGGACUAAAGAGAUCUGUGGAAGAAAAGGCUGCUAAGGUAAAAAGCUCUUUGGAAACCGAGGAAUCUGAUGUCCUUCAGGUUGUGCACGCACGCUCCCCAGGAGAUGCCAGACGAGAGGUGGAGCUCCAAAAGCUGGAGCAGUAUGAGCAGAACCAGAGGGUCCAACAACAAGCUGUAGCUGUUGAACAAGAGAAAGCACACCAGCAACCUAGGAUAGGUCGGCAAACAGAUUCUAUACACAGCCGGGUUCAGAUAAGGACAAACAGAAGUGCCACCAAUAAGAGCAGCACGAGUAAUGGGCCAACCAAUGAAGACAAUGGAGAGUCUCUGAGUAUUGAUGAAAUUGCCAAACUAGCCGAAUCCCAACAGAGAGCCCAGCCUUCAGCAUCCGCGUCGUUUUUUUGCCCCAAAACCAUCAGUGAGAAUCCUGGCAGUAGCACUACAACAGCUACCAGUACACCAUCCAACAUCCAAAAUAAUGGAAGGCAACAGAUUCCACUUCCUGCAGGGGCACAGCCAGGAGCAUACUCGGGAGCUCCUGGUAUGGACCUUCAAAGGGCUAACAGACCUUGCUUUUCAUUACUUGGGGUUGCUUCCACUGCAGUGGAACCAAUGGCCGACCUAAGUGCCCAUGAUGGAUGCCUGACAUCCAUCAAUGCGGACAGGGAAGAAGCUGAGCCCGAAAUAAAUAAUUAUGCCAACAGUGACAGCAAUGGCUUGGCUGUGGCAGCGCUGGUGGAAGAGGAUGAGAUGCCCCAAGAUUUGCCACGAGCUGCAGAGUUUGAUGUGGAUGAAUUGCGAAGGAGAAAGGAAGAAUCCACGAACGGAUUCAAAACCAAGAUUUACAUCAUCGUUGGCUUGCUUGUGGUUUUUGGAAUCAUUGUGGCAGGAGUCUGUGGCAGCGGCCACUGCAGCAGUAAGGAAGAACUCAGUCCCAGAGAUAUGGAAGGCAUCGAAAUUAAAGCCCAGUUGGAAAAAGUGUUAGGUCAUAUUUAUUUUGAUGGUUCCACAGACAACACAGAACCUCAUCAAAAAGCACUCAAGUGGAUCAUCCAUCAAGAUCCCCGCCAAUUGCCUCCAGAUUCCAACCAUCUACUCCAACGUUUUGUUUUGACACAGUUUUACUUCAGUACAUCGCAAGCCAGCCCUUGGAAGUUCUGUGGCGCUGCCAGUGGUGCACAAACAGACGUGUGCCAAGAAAGGCAUUUAAGCAACCAAUUUUUUUCUGAGCGAUGGUUGUCGGGAGUUCCUGAAUGCCGGUGGGCUGGAUGCAGUUGUGAGGGAGAAAAUAUUACUGAAGUUGAUAUCUGGGACAAUAGCUUCACAGGGUCACUUCCAAGUGAACUAGGCUUGUUGUCCCAUGCAAUAAGCUUGUCUUUUCGAUUCCAAGACUUUACUGGCACUAUACCCACAGAAAUGUACCAAUUGAAAGCUCUUACCAAUUUGGAUCUUUCGGAAAACAGUUUUACAGGAACCAUCAAUCCUGCAGUCUUCUCCAUGCCAUCGUUGGGCGUACUCCAUUUUUGGGGCAACCACAUGACAGGCACCAUCCCAACUGAAGUUGGGCUCUUUCAAGGAGAGGUGCUCUUCAUGCACACAAAUUCUUUUACAGGAACGAUACCUUCCGAAUUGUUUUCCGCCAACAAGGUCAGGUUUUUUUAUUUUGGAGAUAAUAAGCUCUCCGGAACCAUUCCCACAGAAGUUGGACUUUUAUCCCAGCAAGUCCAUCUUGACACGAACGCAGACUUUCAACCUGAUAGCGGUCCUUCAUUUGGUUUUGCCCGCAAUAAUGCAUUGUCUGGGACAAUUCCAUCAGAGUUUGGGCUGGUGGACAAGCUAUCUGAAUUCAAUAUUGGAGAUACACGCAUUGGAGGCACCAUUCCUGAAGAGCUAAUCUUGAACUGCCUCAAUUUGUGGUUCCUCCGUGUAGAAAACUGCAACUUGGGGGGUACAUUGAGCACCAACUUGGGAUUACUCACAAAUCUCAGAUUUUUAUUGUUGGCGAACAACAACUUUUCAGGUAGCAUCCCCGUGGAGCUUGAAGCGCUGACAUUGUUAGAAGACUUUACAAUCAAUGGAAAUCCUGAACUCAGAGGGGGCAUUCCUGAUGGCAUGUGCUUUGAGAGCUCUUUUAGUGCUCAAGGACUCGAGUUUGUAGCCGACUGCGCGCCUACCACGAUCACAGCAAGUGACGGGACAACCAGCACGGGAGAACCACUUGUGUCUUGUCCUGAAGGAUGUUGCAGUGCAUGCUGUGAUGGGGGGACUGGAAUCUGCACGGAAGAAAAGCCCUCUUGA